CAUUUGUAUGCUUGGCUCUCCAUCUGCUUUUGUGCAUAUUGGUCCUUUCUUCGAUUUCACUUCUUCGUUUCCAGCUUUGGAUCUUCAGGGCGAUUGUCAACAUGGGCGACGCUAGUACUCCCAACGGUCAUGGCCAGGCGACAACCAUGCCCAGUGUCGUUCAGGGCGUCAACGGCAUCAGCCCAACAUAUUCCUACCCGGAGAGGACGCCAGAUGGCCCUUACAAGGUGCUCAAGCAGUACCACUCAAAGCCUCGAAAACUCAGGGUUGCUUGUGUGGGUGCUGGAGCAUCGGGACUCUGCCUCGCCUACAAAAUGGAGCGGAUGCUAGAACCUAACUCAUGGGAACUUACACUUUUCGAGAAGAACCCGACAUUUGGCGGAACAUGGUACGAGAACACCUACCCUGGUGUCGCGUGCGAUAUUCCUGCCCAUCUAUACACUUUCAGCUUCGACCCUAACCCCAAUUGGUCACAUUACUUUGCACACGGAGACGAGAUUCAGAGGUAUUUCGAAGACUUUGCCGACAGAUAUGGAUCGCGGAAGUACAUGAAACUUAACACCAAAGUUGUCAAAGCACGAUGGGAUGACGACGACUCUGUCUGGAAUCUGACAAUGGAGGACCAAAACACCAAGGAACAGUGGUCUGACUGGGCGCAUUGUGUGGUGAAUGGAACUGGUAUUCUAAACAACUGGAAAUGGCCGGAUAUUGAGAAUCUGCACGACUUCAGCGGUCCCCUGGUUCAUUCAGCCUCAUGGAACCAUGACGUUGAUUUCGAGGGUAAGACCGUCGGCGUUGUCGGAACCGGCUCCACAAGUGUGCAAAUUGUUCCUCAAUUACAAAAGACCUGCAAAGAAGUCCAAGUGUACAUGAGAAGCCCAACAUGGAUCAGUCCACCCUUCGGCGCUGGUGCCCUACAGACUGAUCUCCAGAAAGGAGCUGAGGUGGACCCUGGCCAUCGACAGUACAAGUUCACCGAACAGGACAAGAAGCGAUUUAGUGAAGAUCCACAGUACCAUCUGGACUUCCGAAAAAGAAUCGAGGCCGAAAUCAAUGGUCUAUUCGGCAUGUACCAGCAAGGCUCCGAUUUAUCGAAUAUGUUCCGGGAUGUCAUCACUGCUGAAAUGAACCGCCGUAUGGGCCCUGGGCACGAAGAACUCAAAAAAUUCAUCAUUCCGAAGUGGUCGCCGGGAUGUAGGCGUAUAUCUCCCGGUGAUGGAUACCUAGAGGCUCUUGUGAAGCCGAACGUCGAGCCCGUCUUCAGUGGCAUCGAUAAGGUGACUAAGAACGGGAUCCUGACCAAAGACGGCGUAGAGCAUAAGAUGGACAUACUGGUCUGUGCCACAGGCUUCAAAGUUGCCUUCAAGCCUGCGUUCAAGGUGAUCAACGGUGCCGGCAAGUCCAUUGACGAGGAUUGGGGUGACGGUGUCAAUUUGUACUUUGGUGUAUCUGCUCCAAGAUUCCCCAACUACUAUACGAUCGUCGGGCCGGGCGCCACAUGGUCUAGUGGGACCCUGUUGCCCAGUAUCGAAACGACGAUCGAAUACUCGGUCAAAAUGAUGAAGAAGAUGCAGCACGAAGGCAUCAAGUGCAUGUCCGUCAAGCAGGAAGCUGUCGACGACAUCUACGCCCACUUUGACGAGUUCCACAAGACGACGGUGUGGCAAGAAGAGUGCCGGAGUUGGUUCAAGGACGGAAAGAUCAAGAACCGCAUUUACCUGUGGCCAGGCUCGACCAUUCACUUCUUGAAGACCAUCAAAGAUCCUAGGAUCGAAGACUAUGAUAUCACGUAUAGACAUAAGAAUCGGUUUGCGUUCUUGGGUGACGGGAGCGUCAAGGCUACGAAUACCAAGGACAUCUAUGGUCUGGCGCCAUAUGUGAGAGGAAGUGACCAUGAAUGGUCAGUAGACUGAGACUACCCAUGGAAACUCACGCUUGGGUUCUGGAAAUAUUAUAUCAGGAUUUUGUUGUCAAUUCUGUUCAGCAUGCCGGUGUUUUGGCAUCUAUUCGGACUUAUUGUAGGGCAAAACUUCCAUCUAAAU